GCGGAGUGGUUUGACGGGCAGUCGAGGUUGCAGCAGGCAGAGGGAGACGGUGGAAGGUAAAGCAGGGAGGCAGCAUCAUGGCGGACAGAGACAGUGGCAGUGACCACGGAGGGCCCACCGCAGGCCCCGGCUCGCUGCCUCCGGGUACGAUGGGUGCCAUGUCCCGGCUGCAGCACGACACCGAAGAGCUCGCAUCCAAGCGCGUCGACAUCCAGAACAAGCGCUUCUACCUUGACGUGAAGCAGAAUGUUAAAGGCCGCUUCCUAAAGAUAGCCGAGGUCGGAGCUGGGGGAAACAAGAGCCGCCUCACUCUGUCCAUGUCGGUGGCCGUGGAGUUCCGUGAUUAUCUCGGGGACUUUAUCGAACAUUACGCCCAGCUGGGUCCGAGCAACCCGGACAUGGUGCAGGAUGAGCCCCGGCGGGCGCUCAAGAGCGAAUUCCUAGUGCGGGAGAAUCGGAAAUAUUACAUGGAUCUGAAAGAGAACCAGAGGGGGCGGUUCCUUAGGAUCCGACAGACCGUUAAUCGGGGGCCUGGAUUGGGAAGCGCGCAAGGCCAGACCAUCGCUCUGCCGGCGCAGGGUCUCAUCGAGUUCCGCGACGCUUUGGCCAAACUCAUCGAUGACUACGGCGUGGACGAGGAGCCGGCGGAGCUCCCGGAGGGCACCUCGCUCACGGUCGACAACAAACGCUUCUUCUUCGACGUGGGUUCUAAUAAGUACGGGGUCUUCAUGCGGGUCAGCGAGGUGAAGCCCACGUACCGGAAUUCCAUUACAGUACCCUGUAAAGUGUGGUCCAAAUUCGGCAACACCUUCUGUAAAUACGCGGAGGAGAUGAGAAAGAUCCAGGAGAGGAGUAGAGAGAAACGGGCCUCCGAACUGCUACCUGAGGGCCCGCACGGCGGAGAUGACGGCGACGAUGACUGACGCGGAUUUUUGGGAAGCAGAAAUGAAACAAACCAAGACGAAACUGAACUCUGAGAUGAAAACGAUACUUUAAACUGUAAAAUAGAAAGAGAAUUUCCAAGGGAAUCACCCCACACACACAACCUCCACAGACAUGACAGCACCUCUGCUGUCUCCUCGCUCAUUUUACUGGAUGUCACCCCACUUACCACCCAUGUAACAGUAAGCCGCUGCUAUCAAGGAUUGAACUGUAAGAUAUGAACUGUUUCCUACUUGAUUUAAAUGACAAUGAACAGAGUGUUUAUAUCUCUAUCAAUGACAGAUUUUGCACACAUCAAAGCUAUUUCGAAAAAAUGUUCAGAUGUUUUCAAACUGGUAAUAUACCUACUAAGAUUUAAUCGAAAACAAAACCAGAGGUCUAUUAUAUAAAAUGACAGUCUUCAUGUAGAACAAAUAUUUGACAUCAGCACAAAGAGAAUAUAUUAUGGACUUUAUGAAACCAAAAUCUGAUAUCAGAUGUAUAGUUUAUUAUAAAGGUACGCAGAAUAAAUAUGAAAGCGCUCUAAAAGUGUAUGAAUUGCAGAACGCAGCACCACAGGCCUGUAAACACCUGUCAGCAUGCGUGUAGGCUCAUGUUUUGAAAAGAAGUUUGGCAAAGUAGGCUACAGUCUUUAAUUUGACCUAAAACAUAGUAGGCUAAAGAAAGCAUUUCUAUCAUGCCAUUAUGGAAAGGUUGAGACUUAAAAAUAAAUAGCCUAUUUUGUGCACCUCAAACAAAUGGGAUAAACUUAUCUCUAAGCUAUUACUAUAUUGAAUAUCAGCCCUCUUGCACCAUGUCCAUAUAAAAUUAAAUGAAAAAAGUGCUAACUUAGAUGUACUAAUUAUGAUUUUGUGAAUCAGCUGUAAAAAAAAAUCCUUAUUAAGAUACCCACGUUUUCUGUGGGUUAAGUUUUUCUUUGUUACUUUGUGUUUUUUUUUCCUCUGGGGGGGUGGGGGAUGCAAAAGGAUAAGGUCCACUUGUGGGAGCGCAAGGCGCGGAACAAAAAAGUAAAAAAAAAAAUAAAAAAAGACGCGUCAGCGCAGCGCGCGGCGAGGCAACGCAUCCUCUCUGACGUCAUUACGACCCGUGCCUUAUACACUCCACUCGUUUACGUGUUCUCACGUGGAUGGUCUGUGACCUCGACCGCUGUACGUUUUCAUUUACGAGUGCUGUUAUGUAGGCAGAAAUUUAUACUCACCAGGGCUGCGAGAUUCACACCUCUGUGGUGCAUGGAGCAUGGGUGGCAACACCAAAACUAAGCUGAAUGGUGAGCCAAUUGUGGAAGUGGGCAGAUACAGGGCCCCAAGCCAAAGUGGGCCCUUCAGAUAGAUAAAGUGCUGCCAAACUAACACAUGGAAACAGGGGGGGUGGCUCAGGGUCUUAUGACCCUGGUGCCCAGAAUCCAUCACAGCACCCCCGGCUGGGUGGCUUCUCACAGAGUAGAGAUGUGUCUGAGCAGGAGUACGACCCAGGAUCUACUGUUUGCGGCACCACUGGGUGUCAGCAGGGAGAUUCAUUUGGAAAUGUUACGGGUGGCUUUGCACACCAUAUGCACCAUGAUGUAUAAAACAAAAAAACAAAACAGCAACAAGAAAACAAAAUCAGGAGCGGCUGGAUGAGGCUAUUCGUCAGAGCUGAGAUGGAUGCUGUUAAAGAGCCUGGCAGUCAGCCAGCCAGGCAGGCCAGCCGGCCGGUCCCAUGCAGUCAGUCUGAGUGCAGUCCAGUGGAUGUAGAGGCCUAUCAGUGCAGGGCCAAGGCAGUAUCUAUCUCUUUAUGGUGCUACAGCCCCUUGAACGCUCAUUGGGGGCCUCGCCGCUCAGAAUAUGUCACUUUUGCAUUACUGUUAUUCUGAUGCUCUUUUUUUCUUCAAAGUUCUCUUCUCCACGUUAUGUUGUCCAAAACAUGUCAGGGUUCUCCCUCCAAGACAGAGGAAGUCACUGACCAGUGUAGGACGUUUCAUAUUAGUGUGCAAUAUUGUGUACGUGCCAAUCACGGCAUUGUAUCACGUGUAUAGACAAUAAAAAGACGAAAAAAUGUAUAGGCUAUGUGAUCAGUAGAUAUUUGAAAGCAUGAUGAUGAGGUUGAUGAAUCUCCAUUAUUUUACCGAAAUGUGAAGUCUUUCUUCUCAAGCACUUGCUUGGAGUGAAAAAAAAGUCAGAGCAGUAGUGAGGUAUUUUCCUGUCACGUUCUGUAAACCAGUAGGCUGCCUUGUCUGUCUAUCAGUGCGCGUAGACUAGUUCGGGUGUUUCAUGUUCCCUUUUGGAAUCACUGCAGAGAAAACCCUGUCCUACCUUUUUCCUCCCUGUACAUGCAGUCAACAACCUCUGUCUCUAUGUCAGCCCUUCUGCAGUGGCCUACACUGAUGUUGAAAAGUAUCUUGGAGGCUCUGGUCCAGGGCCUGACACACACACAUACACACAUACAGUCUCCCCCUGUUGAGGCCUCUUGUUGCUAUCUGAGUGUUUGGGAGGCCUCGAAAGUAUUUUGAAUGGUGUCUAGAAAUGCACAAGGCCUCCUGUCAUUAGAAGCCAGGAAACUGUGUGUUAGGAGCCUGUGCGCGACCCUUUGCUCGCCUACGACUGCCGAUUGCACGGCAGGUGAACAGCUAUGAUUAGACUUUGGUUUGUCUGUGGUUUCACUUGAGCUAGGGGAUAGCAAUCAGCCACUGUAGACUGGAAGAAUUGAGGAGUUCGACAUUGUUUUUACUGUAAGAAUUACAAUCCCGCUCUCCAAUGUGGGCAGACACUGAUCUAAGGUCAGCUCCUCUUUUCCUGCUCACAUUUAGAUCAUUUACAAAAGCCCUGGCUCUUUGUCAGUGGAGCAAAUCUUGUGUCAGUGUCCAAACAAAAAUCCCAUUCUCCCUCCUUAAACUGACCAAGCUCUAGUUUUCAAUUUAUGUCCCAGUUAACAAUAUAUAUUCUCCAAAUUGUUAGAUGACCUUUAUUUGAAGCAGGUUGGUCUGUAAGAGCUUCUGUGUCUGAGUCUGUUCACAGGCCCUGUCAGAGUGGCGUGCCACCUAGCUGGCAUGAAAGGGAAACACAGACUGCACGGAUGGCAGCUUUAGAGGCCUCAGCUGGAUAAAAGCUGCUAAUGUAGUUAUAGCCCGGGCCUGCCAGACAUGUGGAAUAGCUGAGGCCAGCGUAAAACAGAGUCCCCCAAAGCACACCUGGGCUGAAAUGGUAUCAGAAGCUUGUAUCAGUACUGGUAUCUGGUAUUAAAACCCACAUGUUUGCUUUCAAAAGUUGAUCUGUAUUUGAUUGGUCAUGCCUGUGGCAAUCAAAGCCGAGGAAAAUGUUCCCAAAAAUCCCAUCUGUUUCACGCAGGACUUUUUGGCCCAGGUUUGUCCCUGAGUGUGGGUGAAAGGCCUGAUGAAGCCUGGCACUGCACUGUAUGGGCUUACCAGCAACAACCUCCCAUGACCUACUGACCUGCCUGUCAGAUACAUCUAGUUAGGACUUUUUUCUCUGUUUGAGAGAGUAAACAGGAGAUCUCUUUCCCCUUUAGUGGAGAUGACUAUUUUCCCUCGGCAUGCCCUUUGAAUUAAAAGCCGAUUUCCACCAAACAACUCGUCACCUAUGACUAUGUGCCCUGUGAAGCACAUUUGAGGUCAGUCUGAGUUCAUCUUGAGUUUGGACUGGCUUGUUGUGAUACAGCACUUAUUCCCCAAAGUGUUUUAGCUUUAGCUUGAUUGAAUUUAGGCCUCCAGGAGGUUCAUGCUACAUGAAGACUGGAAAUACAACACUUCCUUGCUUUUUUUGCUUUCUCUAAUGGCCAAAUAUAAGGAGAGCCUGAAUCUGCUAACUGAGUUCACUUUGUGAAGGCCUCACUCUGUGAAACGCACACAUUUUUUCUUUGUAAAAGAUUGUUUUGUUACAGACUGUAAUCACCAGGUGCUACUGGGUCAGUCGAUUCUGUUGUGAAACAUGACUCGUCCAUUUUGGGUCAUGGCUAAAAUUAAAGUUACACACAGGAGGGGGCACUUGUGAUUUUGCUGAAAGUAGCACAUUUGGAUCCGAUUCCUCAGUUUAUGAACGCUCACCCGGUGUCACGGCCGAAGUUGGAGUGUGUGACCUUGCAGCCAUGUUGUGCCCACAUCGCAUGGUCAUCCAAAAUGGUUGGCAGAUGUUUUUGUCUUGUUUUCUGUAAAGCGUCAGUGGUCAAGCUGUGUGCUGUCCUCAGUGGUUCUGGCUAAGUUCAGUGUACAUCGUGAAACUGUUUGCAUUGGCGAGAAUACUGUUUGGUUUUAUUAUCCAGCUGUAGCCAUCAUAGCAAUUCUUAAUAAUCAUGAUUUCUCACUGCCUCUUGUCUAUUACUGUUCAUUUGGGCAAGUUCCUGUUCAAAGACAUACAUUUUGUUGUUCAAAGAGGUGACCAAACCAUUCUUAUUGCAUUUCACUAGAAAAAAAAAGACAUUUCAAAUUACAGAAGUAAUUUAACAGUGCAGCGUUGCCUGUUGCUGAAUUCAGAUUGCCAUAAUGGCUACAGCUGUGGGUGCUUUGUCUGCUUGUUCAUCCUAUUUUGAACAGGGCGAUUAUUGUUUCUGACUGCAUCAGAACAGCCACAUGCAUAUGACUUACGACAGCAAACUUCCUCAAAUGAAACAUGGGUGAGGGGCUACCAGCCUCUAACCAAAAACUGUAUAAGUACUGACCUAAAACUGAACUUCCAUAAGGUGUUCCAGACAACCAAAUCUGCUCUGUUUCUGGUUUCAGUGUUGUAGUCUUUCAUUGGCCAUUCAAAGUUUCCUGGUUAAUCACACAGCCAAUCGCAGCCUCUGGUCAAAGCCAAGCACUAUAUGACUCAUCACAAACCACUGACAGAGGAGCUCAUUCAGCACGUCUUCUGUUUGCACAUGCACAGCGAAGGGUCCAUCCUGUUUGCAGACUGUACAGGCUACUGUUGUGUAUAGUUAUAAAGAUGUUCUUGCAAAUGUUUUGAAGAUGUUGGGAAAAGGAUCCUGGAUUUUAUGGGGUGGGGUCAAUGCACAAUGAACAUAUCCCAUGUCACCGUUUGGUCUAAAUCCCUUUACCAUCCCCAUAUGAGAUAAUAUGUUGUAUCUUUCAAAAAUAUUUUAUCUGUGGCGUGUGUGUGUGUGUAUAUAUAUAUAUAUAUGGUUUGUUAUAUAUGAUGCUCCUCCUUUCAGAAAAAUAUAACAUGUAAACAGGAAAAACAUAUUGCUGUUUUUUUUCCUUUGUAUUUUAUACUUACAGAAAGCAUUGAAUAAAAAUGGAUAAAUACUUGCACUUUAGAUAUAUUAAGAAAAGUAAAAAUCUGCAUAUUAUUUUUGAUAGGGAUCUCACAUUCAAAGAGUAUAAAUUACAGGCUUUGUGACUAUUGCUGGACAGAGAUGUAUUGAGUUCUACUUAUUGAAGUAUAUUUUGUCUGUGUGUCAGAAGGUUUACUAAAGUAAAUUGCAUGAUAAAGUAGUGCUACACCGAUAUUGUUCUUUUUUUUAGUUGGUAAAAAUGUCUGAAAACUGUGAUAACAACCCUCUUGUAUCAUGUUUAACCUCUCCUCACCCCUUCUUGAAUAUUUCUUACUGAAAUAUGGCCUUUCCUGACUACAUGACGAUGGUGCUUACUUUGGCUUUGACAUCAAGCUCAUCUUAUACAUCUCAACAUCAUCAUAACUCGCAUCCUUACACACUUCAUUUCUUUCUGUUAUGUACUCUCACUUCCUUAUUAAAUUUCCGUUGAUGGCAAAAAAGGUGUGCUGUUUUGUACAUUGCUGUUUGUUUAAAUGUUGGGGGAGUCUUCUUGUCUGAAAAAUGACUAAUCGCGCAAUAAAAAGUCAUUCCACAUG